GGGUAGGUUAGAAGAACAGAGAAUGGCAGACCUACCUGCUGAUCGCUUGAGCACUGAUUCUCCAUUUACUUAUGUAGGUCUAGAUGUGUUUGGUCCAUGGUCUGUCAUUACAAGAAGAACACGAGGAGGACAAAGUAAUAGUAAGCGCUGGGCAGUCAUCUUUACAUGUAUGAGUACACAAGCCAUUCACAUUGAAAUUGCUGAAUCACUGGAUGCAUCUAGCUUUAUCAAUGCCCUUAGACGAUUCUUCGCAAUCAGAGGACCUGUGAAACAACUGAGGUCCGAUUGUGGGACAAAUUUCAUAGGGGCCUGCAAAGAAUUACAGGCUGGUUCUAAGCAUGCCAACAAACCUGUGGAAAACUACCUCUCCGAGCAAGGUUGUACCUGGUUGUUCAAUCCGCCACAUUCCUCACACAUGGGAGGUAGUUGGGAGAGAAUGAUUGGAGUAUCUCGUCGUAUUCUAGACGGCAUGUUUCUCAAACUCGGACCUGUAAAACUUACUCACGAAGUUUUAACAACCUUUAUAGCCGAAGUUACUGCAAUAGUGAACUCAAGACCAUUAAAUUCUGUUUCCUCAGAUCCACAGCAACCUCUUAUUCUCACUCCUGCUAUGCUCCUUACGCAAAAGAUUGGAGUACAUACUGUACCUCCAGGUCAGAUUGACGAAAAUGACCUCUAUAAACGACAGUGGCGACAAGUCCAGCAUUUUGCCAACGAAUUCUGGAAAAGGUGGAGGAGUGAGUAUAUCUGUGGUCUCCAAAAAAGACGAAAGUGGACAGAGGAGAAAACAAAUGUGCAAGAAGGAGAUAUUGUUUUGCUGAAGGACAAUUAA